AUGAUGUCUUUGGAAAACAUCACCACCAUUUCCCCAGCUACCAAUGAGCCCGUUGUCACUCGCACCGGUGUCUCACCGGAGGAGCUGGCUCAACUUCCCGUGACUGCCCAAGCAGCCUUCCGGUCGUUCUCCCAGUCGACAACUCUGGAACAAAGACAGAAGCUUGUGCUUAGUGCCCUUGAUAUCUUAGAGUCUAGGCAGGAUGAACUGGCGCGGGAGAUCACCGAGCAGAUGGGCCGUCCCAUCGCCUACACUGGUGUCGAAGUUGCGACAGCCAUCAGGCGCAGUCGCUACUUGACUCGUAUUAGCACUUCCGUGCUGGGUGAGGAGGGAAUUGUUCCUGGAGAGGAAGAAAAGGGGUUCAGACGGUAUAUCAAGCGUUCGCCCGUCGGCGUGGUGCUGAUCAUCUUCCCUUGGAACUACCCCUACCUCACGCUCGUCAACAGCUUAAUCCCCGCCAUCCUCGCCGGCAAUUCUGUCAUCCUCAAGCCCUCCCCUCAGACCCCAACAAUUGUUGAGCAGUUUGCCUCCGCUUUCGCGGCAGCCGGUCUGCCUGAGAACGUGCUGCAGUUCUUCCACUGUGGAUCUUUCACAUUGCUUGAGACAUUGGUCCGGUCACCAUUGGUCAAUCACAUUUGUUUCACGGGCUCUGAAGCCGGUGGCCUGGCCGUGCAAAAGGCAGCGGCGGAUCGGAUCGUGAAUGUCGGUUUGGAGCUUGGCGGCAAGGACCCUGCCUACGUGCGCGAGGACGUCGAUAUUUCCUGGGCCGCUGAGGAGGUUGUCGAUGGUGCUAUCUUCAAUAGUGGACAGAGCUGCUGCGCAAUCGAGCGCGUAUAUGUUCAUGAGAAAGUCUACGAUGGCUUCAUUGCGGAGGUGAAGAAGGUCUUGAGCAACUAUCGUGUUGGCGAGCCAUAUGACCCCAAGACCCAAAUUGGACCUGUUGUCUCCAAGCAAGCGAAGAAGGCCAUUCUUGCGCAGAUUGACGACGCUGUGAAUAAGGGAGCGAAGGAUGAGACUCCUACAAACGAAACCUUCGAGAACUUCCCCCAAAUGGAAACUAUGUCAAGCCCACGCUACUAA